GUCAAUAUUGUUACUAUAAACAUAUGUGAGGGAGGCCUGAGAAUUGAAAACAGAAAUGGAGUUUCAGGGUUUACCAGAAGGCUGCAUAGCUGACAUUCUCUCUUGCACCACGCCGGUUGAUGCGUGCCGCUUAUCUGUGGUUUCAAAGCUUUUCCAUUCCGCCGCCGAUUCCGACGCUGUUUGGGAAAGUUUUCUUCCUACCGAUUACCAUUCCGUCGUUUCUGAAUGCUCUCUUCCCAGUUAUCCCUCUAAGAAAGCCCUUUACCUCGCUCUGGCAGAUCACCCUGUCAUCGUCGAUGAGGGCAAGAAGAGUCUUCAAUUGGACAAAAAGAGUGGGAAGAAGUGUUACAUGCUUGCUGCCAGGGCUCUCUCCAUUAUUUGGGGUGGCACUGAGCAAUAUUGGAACUGGACCACUGAUCCCGAUUCUAGGUUCCCGGAAGUUGCUGAACUCAGAAACGUGUGUUGGCUUGAAAUUGGUGGGGUGUUAAAUACCCUUGCCUUGUCCCCGGAUACUCGGUAUGCUGCUUAUUUUGUUUUCAAGAUGAUCGAUCCCCGUGGAUUUAGAAACCUCCGAGUGGAUGUAUCAGUUGGUUUCAAUGGUGAUUGUAGUACCCAAAAUGUGUGUUUGGAUAGAUCAUCAAACGGUAGAAGAGUUGCAGGGUUGCAGCAUCCCAGUUUGCGAAGUGAUGGGUGGUUGGAGAUUGAGAUGGGAGAAUUCUUCAAUGUUGGCUUAGAAGAUAAUGUGCAUAUGAGUGUGAAGGAGGUAAAUGCUGGUAAUUGGAAGUCUGGCCUCUUUGUUGAAGGAAUAGAAGUUAGGCCAAAGUAUGAAAAUUAAGUAACCAGUAUUUACUGUGUAAUUUAAUUCACAGAACUGCAUAUGCUUGGGUCUUGCUUUUUAGAUGGUAGAAUGCUGCUUGCAUAUUUUAAGCAUACCAUUGACCCUUCAACUAUGUUGUAUUUUCGUAGCACAUAUGUACUUUUUUUCCAACUGAAACAAUUCAGUUCCUCUUUGCAGGAACAAAAUAAAAAACAUUAUUAUCAAACAUGUUCUUAUAUUGAA